UUAUUAUUAUUAUAGUUAAAGAUACCUCCACAACGUAGUACUGGUCAUUUGUGCUGCAUUAGGACAAAACACAAUUUUUCACCUUUCUUUAUCGGGUCCUGACACUUGUGCGGAGAGCGGUCAACAAACUGCGAGACGUUGAACUAAAAAUGGUAUUAUUUUUAUUUUUAUUUUAUUUUAUUUAUUGUAAUUAUUUGCAUACUUUAUGCCAGAGAUAAAAAACCCGGAUCUAGGUCUCCAACCUUUAAAAGUGUUAUCAGCAGAGCAGCUGAUUAGCUAUGGCUUCUUCGGCAAUUGGAAUGGACAUGUAGGUUAGAGAAAAUAGUGGUUUGUUUAUUAAAUAAGUUAAAAUAAUUUGCAUUAAAAUUUAAACUAAAAGUAAUGGGAGAUUUAAAAUUCUUUGCAAUAGCCUUCACCCAUAAAACUAAACUAUUUUGACAUAAUAUGAUAAUAAUCAUUAUAAAUCUGACUGGAGAAAGAUGCAGUUGGGUGGGUUUUUUUUGCGGUACGAUUACUACGUCGAACCAUUCCUUAUGCACUUAGGCUGGUUUUAGCGCUAAGACCACUUCGUAGAAUGGGGCCCAGCUGGUUAGCGACAAAACCACGCCACAACUAGGCUCAAUCCACUAGAGGUCGCUGUGCAUGUGGGAGCCAUCUUUUCUUUAGUAAAUUGCAGCGGUUUUUUCCCCCACAUUUUCUUGACUAUCUUCAACGAGUUGAGUAUUUAGGUUGUGAUGCACCUGAGGUGAUCAUAGGGCCAAGAUCGCUUUGCAACGAGUAUCAUCAUGGCUGGCGAUAAGAAACGCUUGAAUCAGUUUGGCGACUAUGAAGACACCGCGCACAUGUCUGUCGAUGACUGGAAAUAUAGAUGGGACAAACAACAGACUCAGUUCCAUAUGCCCAUAAUACACCCCAUGCUACAGAAACACCUGGAGACGUUGGCACAAGGACGCAGCAAGCUUCGCUUCUUUGUACCUCUGUGCGGCAAAUCGCUCGAUCUCAAAUGGUUACUAGAACAGGGUCAUGAGGUGAUCGGGUGUGAAGGAGUGGACAAAGGCUGUCAAGAGUUUUUCCAAGAGCACAAAAUGCAAUAUACAACUUGUCCAAUGAAGUCUUGUGAGGGAACUGUGUACCAGGCAAAGUGUUGUCCUCUAACUAUAUACAGAUGUGACUUCUUCGAGCUUAAAAGCGAUGACGUUGGUCAGUUUGAUUGCAUAUGGGACCGAGGAUCUUUUGUAGCAAUUCCAGUCACAGACAGAAAAAGGUAUGUUGAUGUUAUUGUCCCGUUGAUGAAAUCAGACUGCAGAUAUCUUCUAGACUGUUUCCUUGUGAAUAACGACCAGUUUGGAGGUCCGCCCUUCAAUUGCACAGACAAAGACGUCAGCACAUUUUAUGGAUCAUACUGCACGGUAAAGAAGAUAGACGAGAAAGAUGCGUUCACGGAAUGGCAAAAGAGCUGGGGCAUUUCCUACUUCGUUGAAGAGAUAUACAUGAUCGAAUUAAAGUAGAAGGCGUAGUGUUUGCACAUCAUUUAUCUGGCUUACUGGAUAAAUAUGCAAUAUUUGACUCCUUCUCCAAGAUAUUCUAUAUUAACCAACAUUUCACUGCCUCACUGUCGAAAUAAGCAAUCUUUGACUUUUCCUCUAAAAUAGUAUGUAUUAUAAUUAAAGGGACAUUCCUGAUUUUGCUGCAUUGUAAGAUGUUUCUGACUAAUAAAAUAUUUCUACGAUUAAACUUACAUAUUAAAUAUAUUUUCUUGUUUAGAAUGUCAUUG